AGUGUGUUGGUCCGCUGGCUGACGACUUGUUAUGAUUUGAUAUUUUUUUCUUGAAAUACCUCAUUAUAGUAAAAUUUUAGUGAAUAAUACAACUAGUUAGAGUUUGUGCUGUGGUACAAAGUAUAAUUAUUUAAAACUAUGUCCGACUCCAGUUCUUCAGGAGCUAACGAAGAAGACCGCACUCAUGGAGCUAGUGGAUCCAGUGAUAGUACAGCUGGUGUUACUAUGGAGGCUCUUCGUAAAUACUUAGCUCAAAAGCUAGGUUUCUAUGAUGAUGAUGAUGAAGAAGUGCCUGAGAGAGUUAAAAUAUUAGAUGAACCCAACUUGAAUGGAAUUGUGAAGUAUAUUAAAAAAAUGGAUUGUAAAAAUAUUAUAACCAUGGCUGGUGCUGGAAUUUCCACAUCUGCAGGAAUACCAGAUUUUCGUUCACCAGGCACUGGCCUUUAUCACAAUUUACAAAAAUACAAGUUACCCCAUCCACAGGCAAUAUUUGAAUUGGAUUUUUUUGAAGAAAAUCCUAAACCUUUCUUUGAACUGGCCAAAGAAUUAUACCCUGGAUGUUUCAAACCAACUAUUAGUCAUUACUUUAUUAAGAUGUUAAAUGAUAAAGGGAUGCUUUUAAGACAUUAUACCCAAAAUAUAGACACAUUGGAACGAGUUGCUGGUAUACCUGAAGACAAAAUUGUUGAAGCUCAUGGAACUUUCCAUACUGGUCACUGUUUAAAGUGUAAGGAAUUAUAUACACAGGAAUGGAUGAAAGAACGGAUUUUUCGAGAUGAAAUACCAAUUUGUGAAAAAUGCCCUGGUGUUGUAAAACCAGACAUUGUGUUCUUUGGAGAAAAUCUGCCAACUAAAUUUCAUGAUUUGGUACCAAAAGACUUUGCUAAAUGUGAUCUUCUAAUCAUUCUUGGGUCUUCCUUGGUUGUGCAGCCCUUUAGUUCCCUUGUGGAAAGGGUGUCUAAUAAAACACCUCGGCUAUUGAUAAACCGCGAAAAAGCUGGGGAACAGAGCAAAAUGAUGUCAAUGUUGGGAAUGCAAGGUGGUUUACGUUUUGAUGAUGAAGAGUUUCCAAGAGAUGUGGCUUGGUUAGGAAAUUGUGAUGAUGGAUGUCUUGAGUUGGCAGAUGAACUUGGCUGGAGUGAAGAACUAAAAGAAAUGUGCAAAAAAGAACAUGACAAAAUUGAUAAGGAAAACGUUGAUGACAAGACGAAAGACGUUGAAAAUGUCGCAUCAAAGGAUGAUACUUCAAAUGAGAAUAUACUUAAAAAUAAAUGAUUAAAUAUUUAAUUAAAUUUCUGUGUACUAAGUCUUUCCUCAUAUUACAACCUUACACUUACACUCAUUAUUUGAAAGAUUUGAAACAU